CAGACUCUUCCUUAUGUCAUUAUAGACAUAGCGAAACCACCGACAGGCAACCUGAGCCUGUUUAACUUGUAUGUUGCAUUGUCACGGAGCUCAGAAAGGGGGUCGACAAGGCUGCUGCGAGAUUUCGAUGAAAGGAUAUUUUAUGGAGGGCAUGAUGAACAGCUCAUGUUAGAAGAUGAAAGACUUGCCAAUCUAGACAGAGAGACAGAUGCAUGG